GUCCCUUUGUGAUAAAUCUGAAAUGGCUUCCAAGGGUCAAGAAGAAGACGAUUACGAAAAACCUCGAAAAAUCCCACGAACUUUGAAAGAGAAGGAUUCAGGGAAAAGGCUGAUUGUAAUAAUUGAAAAGGCAUCUUUAGAAGCCGUGAAGAAUGGAAAAAACUUCGAGCUGUUGAAUUGUGAUAAUCACAAAGGAAUUAUGAAGAAAAAUAAUCGAGAUCCUGCAACAGCAAGACCAGAUAUAACGCACCAAUGUCUUCUGAUGCUAUUAGACAGUCCUCUAAACAAAGCUGGGCUGCUACAAAUCUACAUUCACACAGAAAAGAACGUUUUGAUUGAAAUUAACCCUCAGACUAGGAUCCCAAGAACAUUUGAUAGGUUCUGUGGCCUUAUGGUUCAGCUGCUACAUAAGCUCAGUAUCCAUGCGUCAGAUGGACCCCAAAAAUUAUUAAAGGUUAUUAAAAAUCCAGUCACUGAUCACUUGCCCACUGGUUGCUUGAAAGUUGGAACAUCAUUUCACUCAGACAAUCUUAAGAAUGUGAGAGACAUAGUUCCAAAAGAUGAACCAAUAGCCAUUGUUGUUGGUGGUAUGGCACAUGGAUCGAUUGAUCCAGAAUACAUUGAAGACACCAUUGCAAUCAGUCAAUAUCCACUAUCAGCAGCACUUACAUGUGCUAAAAUAUGCACCGCAUUCGAAGAAGUCUGGGGAGUUGUGUGACCUUUGUCAUGAACUAUUUGUAAAUACAUACUGGUAAACCAAUAAAUUUUAUUUCUUUGAAAAACCACCCU